UCUUUCUGCUGGGCCCCCAAGGCAGGCAUUUUGGAUCAGACACCAGAGCUUGUGGCUUUCAGCCAAUGGCGGGAUCCGAGUGGCAGUCGCUGGAACAGUGCUUGGAGGCUCACGUGCCGUCGGCAGACUUACGGGAAGUGAAGCGCAUUCUGUAUGGCAAGGAGACCAGGUCUCUGCCCUCCACAGACGAAUUGAGGCCAUUGUGGAGGUUGCUGCAAUGUGCGGAGUCAACAUCAUUUGUUUCCAAGAAGCAUGGAUUGGCAAAGAAGAAUGAAAUGGUGGUAGUAUCUCCCAUCCUGGAACGAGACAGAGGGGGCGUUCUAUGGAACACAGCUGUGGUAAUCUCCAAUUCUGGAGCAAUCUUGGGAAAGACCAGGAAGAACCAUAUCCCCAGAGUGGGUGAUUUCAAUGAGUCAACAUACUACAUGGAAGGAAACCUAGGUCACCCUGUGUUCCAGACCCAAUAUGGGAGGAUUGCGGUAAAUAUUUGCUAUGGGCGGCACCACCCCCUCAACUGGCUCAUGUACAGCAUCAAUGGAGCAGAGAUCAUCUUCAACCCUUCCGCAACCAUCGGAGAGCUCAGUGAAUCGCUGUGGCCAAUUGAGGCCAGAAAUGCAGCCAUUGCCAACCACUGUUUCACUUGUGCCAUUAACCGUGUGGGUGAGGAGCACUUCCCCAAUGAGUUUACUUCUGGAGAUGGAAAGAAAGCUCACCAUGACUUCGGCUACUUUUAUGGCUCGAGCUAUGUGGCAGCCCCUGAUGGCAGCCGGACUCCUGGGCUGUCACGUAACCAGGAUGGGCUGCUAGUUGCUGAGCUCAACCUCAACCUCUGCCAGCAGAUGAAUGACAUGUGGAACUUUAAGAUGACUGGCAGAUAUGAAAUGUAUGCUCGGGAGCUUGCAGAAGCUGUCAAACCCAACUACCAUCCCACCAUCAUGAUGGAGUCCUUGACUUCAGCCUCUGCCUACCAACAUGGGGAGGAGCAGGAAUCUCUGUCCCUAGUGGAUUCAUAUCAUAGUACCUAGAGAAGUUUUUAAAUGUACCUGCAGGGGGAAGGUGCAGUGGAGAGUGACUGCUAAAAAUGGGUGCAGAGUUACCUUCUGGGACAAUUGAACUGUUUUGGUGUUAGAGUCAGGUGAUGAUUACACAAGAUCGAACGAAAUUAAAUACUACCAGGGGCUGGGAAAGUGGCUCAGUGGUAGAACGCUUGCCAUUGCAUGCAUGAGGCCCUGGGUUUGAUUCCCCAG